UGUGCCCUGUAUUUCGAAGAACGGCCGCGUCAGCUUUACGUUGCCAUGGGCAGCGGGCAGGGGUGACCGCGAAACUCCAAUUCUGGAUACAAUCUCCGCCUCCUUCCCGAACCCCAGUAGUUUUCCUGUGUAGCUUCGACUCUUCCGGGGAGAGGAUCUCUGAUCUCUCCUCUCUUCUGAUCUAUCCCUACCGUCCAUCUCCACAGAUUGGUCCAGUCAAGAUCACCUGAAAUAAAGGAAGAGAAGAACAGAGGGGAUGGUGGAGAUCAUCGAAAUCAGUCUGGUUCCAUGACACCGACAUCUUAAAUUCAACUGUUGGAUUCUCCUCGCGAUAAAGUUUCUAUUUUUUUCGUCUUUUGCUAUUGCUUUUUCUGCUCUUUAUUUACUACUCGAUUAGGGUUUGAGAAUCCAGAGAUUUCGAGCUUCGGUUCUCGUCUCUGGAUAGAUUCCUCUCCUGGCUUCGGGUAGAAGAUGGGGUUGGAAGCUGAAUCAGCUCGAGUUCUCGUUUCCACUUCCGGUCAUGGCCAGCGGUGAGGCAUUUAUUAAUAUCCUGGUUGGAAAUUUAGCAGCUUUUAUUUCUGUUUUUGGGUUUGUCUUGAUUAGGGUUUUGGAGUUUUAAGGACUGCCCGUUCGUUAUGUUUCUGGAUUAAUUCAUUGGAGGAUUGAAUUUGUACCUUUGAAUUGAAAGUUGUUUGGGUUUUUAUUUUGCUGCUGGAGAGAGGAAUUUAGAGUUUUUAUUAUUUGUUAGUCGAUUGAGUUGGCUAGGGUUUUCUUCAUCGAUAUGGAGCAAGAGGGGCAAAAGAGAGAAGUUGGUGAGAAUGGAUGUCAAACUCCAAAUGUUCCGAUUCUUUGUGCGAACAAUUGCGGGUUCUUUGGAUCUCCCGCAACCAAUAACCUAUGCUCGAAAUGCUACAGAGAUUUCUUUCUAAAGCAAUCGAAGGCUGUUGCUGCUCUUACUGUAGUUGCAGAGAAGAAGGUUGGUGAAUCUAUCGUGGAAACAAAAGGUCAGUCUGGAGUUGGGCCAGAAGCUAAAGCUACACUGGUUGAGGAAGGAACCACGUCUGGGGAUCCCGGGAAGCUGCCUGCCAAUCGUUGCAGCUUCUGUAAGAAGCGUGUGGGACUGACGGGUUUCAAGUGUCGCUGCGGCCAAACGUUCUGCUCUCUGCAUCGCUACUCUGACAAGCACAACUGUCUCUUUGAUUAUAAGACUGCAGGCCAAGAUGCAAUUGCGAAAGCAAAUCCUGUUGUGAAGGCCAACAAGAUUGAGAAGAUAUGAAGCAGAUGGCGGAUUAGAGAAAUCUUGUUGCAGAAUCAUGAUUUGCUAAUGGGGGAGGUCAUGAGGUCUUUUUGCUACAUGAACGAUGGUAUCAAUUAUUCAGAUGCUUCUUGAAAUAAAUGGUUCUCUUGUUGAUAAUUACUAUCUCAUUUUGUACAGUUUGGUUCUAUGUUUUGUGUUCCAGUGCCAUUGGAACUAAAAACUUCGGUUCACUUUGUAUUCUCUGCUUCCUCUUGCAAAGUCUAAGUCUUAAUAUUGUGUACAUCCCUGCCUUGAGUUUGCAACUCUAAGUCCACAAGUACUAGUUCAGUGCUCUUACCUUACUUGGUUGUUCAUAACUUCAUAUAUUAUAGUAUUUUGUGUUUGCCCUUCUUCAACUACAUGUACUUGAUAGUGUGAUCAUGUACUUGGAAUACCAA